UACACCGGGAGUAAUUAUAUGAAAAUGGCGACGCCAACACUGUAAGGAAUUUCGGUGCGUUUUGCAGAAAGGGUAAUCAGUUUAAGUUAUACUUUUUACAAUGAAACGUAUGCAAGAUCGCGAAAGUUCACCUAGGAGUAAAAGAUCACGCUCUGGGUACCCUGGGCUCGACCAUGAAUCAUCUAGGGACAGAAUGUCACCAGACAUGGACAGGCGUGAUAGCCGGGGACGCGAGCCAAAACCAAAACCAUACCGAGAUUUUGAUCAUGAUCUUGGACCAAUGCCCAGAGGUAACAAAUAUCAUGAUAGGAUGGGGGACGGAUUUGGACCUGCAAGGUCAGAAGUAAGAGGACCAGAAUACAGAUCUUUGUGUUUAAGUAACAUUUCGAGCAAAAUACCGGACACCGUUUUGAAAGAUAAUUUAUAUCACGAAUUCAAGAAAUUUGGAGAGUUCAAUGUGAACGUAACAUUCACAGGAGAUCAGAGAGUUGCAUACAUCAAUUUCCGUUACCCUGAAGAUGCCAGAGCUGCAAAACACGCCAAAUCGAAAUUAAUUGUUUUUGACCGCCCGGUUCGUGUUGAUCCUGUGUUCCAUAGACGACGCAGUAGUAGUCCAAAUACCGACAUGGGUCGAGAUUAUGGCGGACCUAGCAAAGGUUAUGGACACAACUCGCCUCCCAUGCAGUAUGGAGGCAUGCGUGGAGAUGGUAUGGGAAGGGGAGGUGGCAACAGACGUCAAAAUAUGGGACGUGGCUAUUUUGCAAACCAGGACGAUAUGCCUCCGCCAAUGAGAUCAAUGGAGAGGGAUAAUUUUCAACAGCAAUUUCAGAAAGAUGGUGCUGCACGAAAGGCACCAAAUGAAAAGUUUCCUUACCAUCUUGAUCACAUCAAUCCCGAAGAUGACAUUAAGGCAACCAGAACAUUGUUUGUUGGUAAUCUGGAUUACAAUAUUGAUUUGAUGGAACUGCGACAGAUUUUCGAGAGAUAUGGUGUAAUUGAAGACAUUGAUGUGAAGAGACCACAAAGAGGGCAGGGAAAUGCCUAUGCUUUUUUGAAAUAUAUGAACCUAGAUUGUGCACAUCGAGCAAAGGUUGAGAUGUCUGGACAGUACAUAGGAAGAUUUCAGUGCAAAAUAGGUUAUGGGAAAGUGACACCAACUACGUGUUUGUGGGUAGGAGGCUUAGGACCUUGGGUGACUCAUCAGGCAUUAGAACGUGAAUUUGACAGAUUUGGAGUAAUUGACAGGAUUGAGUGGCCACAUGGGAAGAAUUACGCUUACGUAUUGUAUGACAACAUUGACGCUGCUACAGCUGCCUGUCAAGAAAUGAGAGGAUUCCCUUUAGGAGAUUCAAAUAGACGGUUAAGGGUUGAUUUUGCAGAUGUUAGUCAUAUCCAAAGUUCACCUAGACCAAAUGAUCCCCCAUCACCGGAUGGUAGAGACAUAGGUAGAAAUCCACAAUGGCGGCCACCGUUUGAUGGUCCCGGUGAGCCACAUAGAGAUGACUGGCCAUUGGAUGACAGAGGCCCAGGUCAGCGUAAUAUAGAUCCCAGAGACAACAACCAGGGACACAGAGCUAGAGAUGUAUGGGAGGGAGGUGACCGGAAUAGACGGCCAAGAACGCCAGACGAUUUCAUGGAUCGGCAGCAUAGACGUUCAAAGAGUCAAGAGAACAAGUAUGACCAAAAAGAUAGAGAUAUAGGAAGAAACCGGGAUAAUGGACGUCGUCCUGUGCAUUCACAAGAAAGAGAUUUUAGUGACAAUGACCGAAGUGAUUCGAGACGUUUUGAUGACAGGAGAAUAUCACAAGGCGAUAAAGAAACUGAAAAGGCAUUAGAGAUGGUAGAAAAUAUAGCUGAUAUGUCAAAGUGUUUACCAGCAGCUUGGAAUGGUGCAUUGAUACUGAAGAGUAGUGCUUUUCCAGCAAGGAUGCAUGUUGUUGGAGGAAAUGUGACCUUGGUUGAUAAUAUGAUGAGGGACCCAUCUACAACUGAAACACCUGUCCUCAAAGUCAAGCAGCGACUUCGUCUUGACCAACCAAAAUUGGAAGAUGUUGGCCGCAGAGUAACAGGAGCUGGGCCUCGUGGUCACUGCAUUCUUCUGGCACUCAGUGGUUCUCUUCAAAAUUAUGAAGACACUUCAGUUCAACAAAGACCUCUGAAAAAUCUGGUGACAUACCUACGACAGAAAGAUGCCGCUGGUGUAAUUUCCCUUCCAAAUUACGACUCAAAAGAUAAAGACAAUGUUGGUGUGUUGUACGCAUUUCCACCUUGUCAGUUUGGUUAUGACUAUCUCAUGACCAAGGCACCAAGACUUCCCCCAGAGCCUGCAGUUCAAGAUGAUUACAUGGUGAUUGUUGUCAUUCGAGGAGCUGCAUAAAUUAAUUGUCCAUUGUCACCAGUUUAGUGUCUCAUAGUCAUUAUAAUAUAUAGCAUUACACAUUUUAGAAGCAGUGAUGAUCACUUGACAUUUUCAAUGCUGAAUUAGUACUUACAUGUACCAUUUAGAUAUACUUUUGGAUGAAAUUAAUGUUACAUUGCCGUUAUUGUUUUUCCCUGUAUUUUUUACAAUAAUCAAAGAUGUAAAAAAGUAUUUGACAUUUUUUUUAUUAACACUUUUACAUGUUAUAUAGUUUUAAAGUAUCAUUUAAUUGACCAAAACCAAAUUGAAUUACCUUGAUAGUUAAAUGAAGGCAAGAUUAUUACAUGAUAAGGCUGACUGAAAGUUAAUUUUAAUUUGUUAAAGAGUUGUUUGUGAGGAAAUGAUUACGUGUUUGUGAGGAAGUGAUAAUUUUGUGAAAUUGUUUGUCAUUUAAUUGUUUCUGUUGGACAUCAUUUGGAAUUUGAAUCAGAAUGUCUAGGAGUAAUUUGAGUUUACCAAUGUGCAGCUAUUUGAAUAUCAAUUAUUCAACAAUUUAAAACCAUAACUAUACUGUAGUAUUUGAUUGUGUGAUUAAUGAUUUGACAUGUAUUUAAUAUUCUCUGCAUUUCUGUUGGAAACAUUUGAUAUGUUGUCAACUUGUCAUGUACGUAUACUGUACAGACUAUACCAAUUUCCAUCAGUCUGUAAUGACUCUAAAUCUAUCUUUAAACUCUACUCGGGAUAUGUAAUGAUCAUAUGAGUACCUUUUUUUUUUAAACUUACCAGAUUUUAUGCAGAUCGACACAGACAUUAAUAAAUAAAUUUGACAAAGAAACGAAUAACUAGAAGUAUAGAGACAGUAUCUUUGACUUCUAGCUUUUAUAUUUUGAAAAGAUUUUUUUCAUUCAACCUUGCAAGGAAUGGUAAAUCAUGAAAUUACUCAUUUGGUGAAAUGAAGUGGUUAUUAUAUUUUUUCAGUGAUUGUAACAUCGUAUUUUUUUGUGGUGGUAGUAUAAAAUAAUAGUUUGAUAGGAAAACAUUUGAUUCUUGAUUGAAAGACUGUUAUUGAAAUUUUUACAUGCUCCCUUUUGUUUGUUAGAGGAAUCGGAUGUAUGUUAUAUGAAGCUGUAGAAAAAUGCUUUUGUUCCAAUAUUCUGCUUUAUCUGUGUAUAUUCAUUAUUGACUUUGAUGAACGAUGUUUCUUUAAGUGUCUGCACAUUGAAUUAGUAUAUAAUCAUGGCAUUUUGUUAUCACAUAAUCAUUAUUUUAAAAGUAACUCGACAGAUUAUCAGAUGUAUACAAAGCUGUCCCCCAGAAAGACGAGGAUGAUUCAAGAUUCUAGAACAGUUCUCGCAGUGCUGUAAGCUUUAUACUGCCGCCUACUAGUGGAAUGUAAUCAAUUACGUCGACAUGAAGAUGUGAUGUGAAACCUUGGCCAUUGUGAUGUUAAUUCAAGGGUCUUUCCUCAAGUGCUGUGUUUGGAAGUCAUCAUAUUUUGUGCUUUUGUGUACAAGUUUUGUCUUGUAAAGCACAAAAUGCUAUCUGUUAUCUUCAGACUCCUUUGAUAAUUGAUCAGUGCCGGUGCUGGAAUCCGUUGACCAUCUUCUGUGAUGUAGACAUUCUUGUGUGAGCCAGAUUCUGUGACACUGGUAAAAAAAAUGAUGACAAUCCUCAGAGGUGUCUGAGAUGUACAUACCAGCAUUCUAAUGAAGAAAUCUUAUUUAGUGUUUUAGUUAUUGUGAUGAAGUACAUUGUGUUAUGAAGAUCAAGUGUGUCAACAUAUUGUGUAUUUGUGUUGAAAAAUUUCUUCAAAGUGAUCUUAUUAUAUAUGUUGUGCCCCAUGCCUGUGCCAAGAAUAAUGCUCAGCGAUUCCCCGCUUGUGUUUUAUAGUUCUUCUGGAGUGAAAAGGAAAUGGUGUAGAUUAGUAAGAAAUAAUUCUCAACUAAAAGGGAGAUGCUUUUAAAAUUCAACCAUUUUAAGUGCGAGAUUCGGAAGUGCACCUUCAGGUUUUGGCAACAUUUUGGAAGUCAAAAAUAUCUUUCAUUUUCCAAGGUGGAUUUCUCAAAUUUUGCUUCUAAUUUUGGAGAAUUUUGUCAUCAUUUUAAUCAUUUUACAUGUGAAAAUAUUUUAGUGAAAACAGAAGUGAUUCUUGUGGCCUGGUUCAAUAAUUUGGCAGUGUCAUUCCAAAAGUAUUUUUUUUUAUUCCAAACUAUUUGUGUAAAUAAUUUUACAACAUUUCUCUUUGGUGACAAAGGAACCCCUAGCCUGCUGGUUAUGAAUUGAGGAAUUCCACUGAAAUCCUUGGAGAUUUUCUGUUUGUGCAUACGAAGUCAUGUAUAGAAUUCAAAUGUGUACAGAGUUUGUGAAAAGUGUAUAUAAACGUCUGACGUCAUGUGCAUUUCACGAAAAAAUACGAUUGUGUAGUUCAAAGGAAAUGUCUUGGCCGUGAGAAUGAUUCAACUUGGUGUCAAUAUGUCUGUGUAAUAAUGGCAUGUAUUGUACAAUUUUAGGAUAGAAUAAACAUCAAUUACACUAAG